GCAAAAUUUUGCGUAAAAUUGCAGACUUUUUGACAUUUUUAGACACUGUUUGAAAAAAUAUAUAUGUAUUUAUUUUAAAUAAACGGUUAAAAUGGCAAAACUGAACUUUUCGUGCAACAUUUCCUGGCUUUUCCGUGAGAGUGAAUUUACAGAGCGAUUCCAGCUGGCAGCCGACCAUGGUUUCAAAGCGGUUGAACUUGGUUGGCCGUAUUCAGUGAAGAUUGAAAAACUCGUCGCAGCAAAGGAAUCUGCCGGCGUUGAAUUGAUAUUAAUGAAUACAGGAUCAAUUCAAAGCCUAGGCAGCGCGGCUGUUCCUGGUUCUGAAGAAGAUUUCAAGCAGGAGUUGGAUCUGGCAAUACAAUAUGCUAAAGCUUUGAAAUGUAAAAGAAUUCACAUAAUGGCUGGGCAGUUACCAGAUGAUUGUACCAAGUACAUUGACGAGAACCACAAAGCCCAAUACUACCCUGAAUAUACAAAGACAUUCAUCGCUAAUCUACAAUAUGCAUCGGAAAAGUUGAUGGGGGAAGGAAUGACUGGACUCAUCGAGCCGAUCAACUGCAGAAAAGAUGUUCCAAGAUAUUUCCUAACAACACAUGAACAAGCGUGUUCAAUUCUGGACCAAGUUGGACGGCCGAACAUAAAGUACCAGUUGGAUUUCUAUCAUUUGCAAUUAAUGGAAGGAAACUUGACAGCAAAUUUGAAGAGAUUGUUGCCUAGAAUUGGCCACAUUCAGAUAAGUCAGGUGCCGAGUCGAGCAGAGCCAUCUAGUCCGGGAGAAAUAAACUAUGAUUAUAUCUUCAACCUUCUUGAGAGUCUGUGUUACAGGGAUUGGAUUGGAUGUGAAUAUGCACCAUCAAAAAACACAGACAACAGCUUGAAAUGGUUCAAGGAAUAUUUAGAAGCAGCAGACCAUGACAUGGUGUUGCACAACCGCCACUAAGCGGAGUUCGGCUUACUGGAGGAUCUCAAAAUUUAAAUUUCAGGGGGGAGUGGGAGGAAAUGAAUGAUUUAUGUAGAGGUUGCUAAAUUAAAUUUUCUUCUGAGGGCCAUAAUUACCACCCAUCAGAUUUCGACUUAAUGGAAAAUAUCAUUAAUUUUUUUUUUGGGAGGAGGGGAAUUAAUAGGGGGUGGGGGACACAAAAGAUGUGUAAAGGUUGCUAAAUUAAAUUGUAUUUUGAAGACCAUAAUCACAUUUCGACUUAUUGGUGAAAUUCGUAAUUUUACUUUUUUUUUUUUUUUUUUGGAGAGAGGCUGCAAUUGAUAGGGGGUGGGAGGAAUGAAGGAUGUGUGAAAUUUUCUAUUUUUCAUUAAGAUAUAUUUGCAACACAGCAGCAAUUGAUACACCUUUUAUUGUGAGAUGAUUAUUAAUUUGUUUCAGAUAGUGGUUCCCAAACCGUGGCCGUAUUACGGCCCGCAGAAUGAUUUAAUAUGGCCCACCAAACUUGAGUGAAAUUGUUUAACACUUUAUUUUUUUACUUUGGAUACUGCCAGUUGUUACAACAUUAUCCCAGUCUAAGCAUGUGUAUAUUCAUAACAAUUUAAAUGUAUCGGUAUAUGUAUAUCAUUUAUAUGUACCGGUGUGGGUCCCUAGCAUGCACUCCCCUCUUCGGGACUGCAAAUAUCCUUUCGCUUCUAAUUUCGCCCUCCGAUCAAUGAACUUUGGCAACCCCCAACCUAACCUUAGUUUAAGACUUGGAGUGUAUGUUUUAAAUCAUAUAAUAAUUUUGGUGCUCCCGAAGUAUGUGCACCAAGAUGGCGCACAACCUGAACAUAGUAUGUGUACCAGGUUAAUGUUAUCGAUUGUGCGCCAUCUUGUUGCAUAUACUUCUAGAGCGCGUAAUUUUUAUAUUUCAUUCAUGAUUCAUCGAACAAAAAUG